UGUACAAUGACGUCAUUUUUUGAUACCAAAUUGGAGGGUCAGUUUCUUUGAGCUCGUAUACACCAUCGUGCCCUUUCGUGUGCGAUUGACAGGUAGAAAAUUUCACACUUUCAUUCUUAACCUAAAACACCAAGAUGAGUCCGAAAAUAAAAAGAGUUAGUGACAAAAGUUACUAUUGUGAACGCAUAAAUGAGUGGUUCUCCAGAUGCACCCUCUGUGGCACUAUUAUUCGUUCUGUAAAGCCAAAUCGUCUCGCCAAACAUUGGGAAAACUGUCUUCGAGCCGGAGAAAAUUUUGAGGGAUAUCAGAGUGUCCUGGAGCCGGAAAGUUUGAUUUCUAAAAAAAGAAAAUCCGAAUCUGACCAGGAAAGAUAUAUGCUACCGAAGGAAGCAUCCGAAUUCCUGUCUAUGGAAUUAGCAAAAAGAAAUAAGCCUUAUACAGAUGCUGUGGUGUACAUAGACAUUAUUUCGAGCCUUUUGGACAAGAUGGGUCAAACAACAGCGGCAAAAUUGCUUAAGGAAAUUCCUCAUUCACGAGCAACGAUGACGAGACAUAUUAGUAGAAUUUCGGAAAAUGUACGGGAAAAAUUGAAACAGAAGCUUCAUAGGUGUGACUCAGUGUCAAUUUGUCUUGACGAAACGACCGAUAUCACUGACGAAAGUCAAUUAUUAAUGUAUGUCCGCGGUGUUAUUUUAAAUGGAGAAGCAGAAGCAUUUGAAGAAAUGCUUCAAUUGCAGUGCCUUCCAACAAGAACAACAGGAGCUGAUAUUUACAAAGUUGUUAUGGCCACACUGCAAGAGUUUAAUUUAACAGAAAAGCUUUUCAGUAUAACUACUGACGGAGCUCGUUCGUUGUGUGGGCACAUCAAUGGUCUCAAUGGACGCAUGUUGGAGAUCAUUCCAGGUCUUCGACACUACCAUUGCAUUCUUCACCAGACAGCUUUAAGCGCAAAAUUCUUGUCAGAAUUGCCAGCUCCCAAAAAAGCAUUCAAAAUAAUUAACGGUCUUAGAGGUGGACACAACUCACUGACACACAGGAGUUUGAAGAGAUACUUGGAAGAGAACAAGGCUCCAUACAAAGAUCUCUUGAUGUAUACUGAAGUGAGAUGGAUGUCUCGAGGAAAAGCUUUGAAGAGACUUUUUGACUUAAGGAAGGAAAUAACAUCUUUUGUUCACAGAAAAGACGUUAAGAUUAGUGAAGAAUUAAAGAAGUUGACGAGUAGUCGCAAAUUCUGGAAAGAAAUUGCUUUCUUCACAGACAUCACUGGUCGACUAAACGACUUGAAUCUGUCACUUCAGGUAUUUUUUAUUCCUCCCUUAUUUUUUGAAAUAAUAAUGGUCUUUCGUUAGCCUGAGGAAUUUAUUAAUAAUGUAUUAGCGAUUCCUGUAUAUAUAAGUGACGAAUUUUCAAAUUAUCGCAUUGAUAAUUGUUAUUAUUUCUUUAUAUUUCUAUUUUUUAAACAAAAGCCUGUUAUACGCGACUACUGUAGUCGUACAUAAAAUUUUUCAUUGAGUGAAAAUUAUUAUUUAUUGGCAUUUUCAGAAAAAUUACUUAAUUUUUUGGGCUAUUUUUGACCGUAUUGUCAGUAGAAGUGAAAAAACACUGAAUCAGGCUUUGUUAAAUUUUCUAUGGUUAUAUUAUGUCAGACAUUUCAUUGAUUUUCUGUAUCGAUUUUAUUUUUAUUGUUUUUGUUGAUUUUUGGUCAGUGAAAAGCGUUUCGUUCUUAAAGGUUUAUACAAAAUAACUGAUUUCUGGCGACCUUGUAUGGUUUUCAUGCACAACUUAGUUGUUUUAUGAUGAAUAAUGCCCAUCGCACAAUAACUUUUCUUUAGUAAACAUGUUUUUGACAUUUCAAUGAGAGUGAGUGAGAUCCAGAUCUAGUCAUCUCCCUCACACUUAUAGAAAAUUUUGAAAACAUGUUUACAAACAAAAGUUAUUGUGCGUUGGGCAUAAGUAUGUAUUUACACAAAAUUAAGUUUGUUUUCUAUUUAGCAGUGCGAAGUUUAUGCAAAAUUUCAAUUGUUUGAAUUCUUUGUCCGGUCAAUUGACAAUCGACAAGAGUCGUGGGUUCACAUACCUAUGUGCACUCUGUGUGGAUGAGUAAAAUUUUAUACCUAUUGCCUAUGAACAUAUAUACAGCGAUCGUUAAAUGUUCUCUAAGUGCUUAUACACAGCUAUCUCCGAUAUCGGGCACUUUGAUAUCCGGCUGCUAGCUACUGAACACUAAGCGUUGAUGCAUUUAAUUUCUUUUUUUUUUAUUAAGCACGCAGUUUGCCCAAGUAUUAUUAAUAAUUUUUAAUUUUUACAAAAUGAAACACAAACACAGUACGAAGGAAAUUCUGUUGAUCUUCAACUCAAAUUAAUUCACACCAGCAUAAAAUAUUUAAAAAAAAUAUUAACCAGAUACAAAACAUCUAUCUAAAUGUUACAUUGUCCCUCCGUCAGUCGGAUUUCGAAAAGAGCUGUGUAGAAUCUUAUUGAAAUUAUAUUCUUUCUAAAAGGGUCAUAAUUCGUCGAUUAUGGAUCAUCUGCAAAAAAUAGACGAUUUUAUAAACAUGUUGUCUGCUCUGAAGAAAGAACUUUGCAGUGGACGAUUGGAAAACUUUCCAGCGUGUCAAAAACUUAACUGCGGAGGAUUUGACAGAUUUUCCAUAAUUAUUCAAGACCUUAUCGAAUCGUUCUCGUCAAGAUUCUCCUCGUCCUCAUACGAAGAAAUUAGAGGAGUGAGUCGAAACAGCCCUGAAUAUGAUAGAUUUCUGUCGGUAUUUCCAACUACAUAUUCCUGUGAACAGGGAUUUUCUCAGCUUAAAUUAACAAAGUCUAAGCAAAGAAGUAGCCUAAGCCAAUCAAACCUCUCAGCGAAUAUGAGACUGAAACUAUCCAAAAUUGGGAAAAGUAUUGAUGAGGAGAUGGUGAUCGCUGAACCCAGUAAAGAGAAGGAGGUCUCUGACGUCAAUUUUGAGUGUGUCUAAUUGGUGAAGUAUUUCACACUUUUCAGAUUGCUUUAACUUUGAUCUAUAAAGUUCAAAAUUCUUGAACAAGCACAACCACUGUAUAAAACUAUAAGAAAUAAAAAGAUAAGAAUUAUCCUUCACUCUAAAAGAUAAGUUCUGGAUUAUUUUACUUUUUAAUUAACCAAAAGAAUCAUCAGUUAGCCAGAAACUCCUAAUAAGGGAUUCC